CUUCCUGAUGCGUUUGGGCCGUCGAUCGCUUCAGCACCGCUUCCAGCCGCCAGCUUGCCGCGUUGGAUGCGCAGGGCAGAGACUCUUUUGCCGUUCGCAGCAGGGUCUGCCCACGCAAAGAGCCGAGAUGUGCACCGCUCCGCUUGUUGCGUCGCUGCACUCGCUGAUAGAACGGUACCAAAGCGGUGUCGACGACUGCAGACGAGCAGAAUGAAUGCGGCGCUGCAAAUUAUGACGAGUGGCUGCCGUUGGGCAGCUCCGAGCAGUCUCCACAUUCACGAUUGAUGCCUUCCGAGCGAGGAAGAAUGGUGCUGUAAAACAAGACAGUGGGCAAUCAUCUACUUCCCACAUCGAUCGACUUGCGACUUUACCACCAACGUCGAUGCCCCUUCACUCUAGCGAGGUCCGUUCAACUACGUAGGCUCCAGAUUCAUACCCAAGACCUCAAGUGACACCCCUUGGACACUGCCGCAGCUCACAAUGCUGCCCAUUCACGGAUACUAUUGGCUCGCGCCGCUGAUCACAUUCGCCUUUUGGUGCACGGACAUCUUUGGUCUCUUGGGUCUGUGGGGUGGUAGGGACAACUUCGAGGGAUACAGCAAUGAUCAAGCUACUGUAGUCUUCAUCUCCGAUGUGGGAGCAAGGCACAAGACGUUCUUCAUCAUCUUUUCGUCCUUAUCAGCUGCCUUCUACAUCCUCACUACGUUGAUCGAGCGUCAUCUUCGUCACCAAAGGCGUAUUCCUGGAUCUUUGAGGAAGCGCCAAACCCGCUACGACAUCGUAAGCGUUGUCUUUGCCGUCAUUGGUGCUGCUGCAUUGGUCUUGCUUAGUGUCUUCGAUGCGGUCAACUACUCAAACGUGCACUGGUCAAUGACUGUGGUGUUCGUAGCGGGUGUCGCAAUCAGCGUGCUCUUCCAGACACUUCAGAUCUUCAGCCUUUCCAAGUCGCACGAUGACGAACUUUGGCAUUUGCGUGCCAUGGCAAUUGUCAAGUCCAUCCUGCUUGCCGUUGCCCUCGUCGUUCUCAUCGUCUUCGUAGUGACCUACGGUAUUUGCUCUGGAGACGCUCGAGAAGGGGACACGCGCUGCAAUCGGAUCGUCAGCGUGGCAGGAGUAGCAGAAUGGACGUGCGCAUUCAUUCUCGCCCUCUUCUUCUUGACUUACACUGCCGAUUUUUACCCAGCGAGAAAGACCGCUCAGAAGGGUCUCACGGAAGAUGGAGAGUACGUCGCUGACAGAAACAGAGCCAUCUUUGCGGGAGAGGGACACAAGCCCGAAGCUCCGUAUGCGGCUGCUCGCGAUCUCGGACCCAAUGCUACGAACGAGCAGUACAACGACAUUACUGGCAAUUCUCACCUUAAUGGACACACUAGCGAUGCCACCUUGGCUGCACAGAGGGAGAAGGAAGCUGAGAAGGCUGCUCAACAGGCGUAAUCAGAUCACGCUUGUGGGCUCAUCGCGUCUCAGAGGAUCUCCAAGGUCCAACUCAUCGCACACUUCAUCAUGUAGGGUGACACAACCCGGGAUUCCCGUUUGUAUAUACUCUUAAGCUUGCGCAUUCAAGACACGGAAAAGCAGCCACUGUUGUACACACAAUGCGAUGCAGACAAAUAUUGGGUCGAGGACCAAUGUACUGCCAAGC